GUGCUGGGUUUUUCCUAUUUACCUAUGAGACAAGGAAAGCAAUUGUAUUUCACAGAACCCCUUUUCCUUCUACCAAGUAAAAUUUAAUUACUACUGUUCAAGUAGUCACUGAUAACUGUAUAGAAAUUUUAAGUGGUUUCAAAAUUUUCCAAAAGAAAUUAAAGUGACAUUCAUGCACAGAAAAAUGGGAAUAGAACAAUGUUUCUUAAGGAGGCAUGAGACAGAAAACCAAAGUAGGCUGAGAUUUUCAAGUCAGGCUUUCUGGUUACCAACAGUGAAAUGGAAUCUGCUAAUGUUAUGAGGGUUAUUAAAUCACUCAUUCAGUCAUUGAUUCAUUGAUCAAGUAUUGACCAUCCAGACUCUCUUCAAGGUGCUGAGGUUUGGGGUUGAGUGUAAUUCUGUAGUAUAGCAUUUGCUUAGCAGAAAGAAGGCCCUAGGUAUGGUCAGAGAAAAGAAAAGAAAAAGAACAUGCCAAGAAUCGAAUAACAAAGAGAGAAAUACCCCCAUACACUCAAGGAGUUUACCUUGAAAGAAAAAAUAAUUCUGGUGUCAAUGUCUGCAACCUCACAGUCAGAUAUACAGCCGAACACCAGAACAGCGAAAGAGUCGUUGGAUACUGGACAGGUAACACUGACUUCGGCCCAGCUCAAGUACUUGGAAAUUUGCCUGAAGGAAGCAGAAGAAAAGGCUAAAGCUUUAACACAACAGCUUGCAGUCUCUGAAGAAACUAAAUCAAAACUGCUCGAUCAAGUGUCCUGGCUAGAGAAACAACUAGAGGCUAUAAACCGGAAAGAAGCCUGCAGAGAACCAUAUGAAGAAAUGGUAUUUGUGAAGGACCAGUGCAUUGAGAAGCUGCAAGCUGAAGUAAAAGCUUCCCAGGAGCAACUUAGAGCUCAUAAACUAAAGCACAAAAAGAAAGUGGAAAAGCUACAGACUGAUUUGGCCACAGUCAAGCAAGAGGCUGCCUUCACCAUCCUGGAACUCAAAGAGAAGAUAAAGAGGCUCUGUGAAGGAAAGCCAGCCCCUAGAGAGGACAAGUUGCCAGAAGAGCUGUGUGCAGAGCUCCCACCUGUGGAAGUGGGCGAUAGAAAAAUUAGCCUGAUUAUGGAGCUGUCAGCCCAACUCUCCCUUCAGACAGAAAAGAUCUCUCAGCUGGAAGAAGUACUAGAGGAAAAGGAGAAGAAAAUUCAAGAGCUGGAAGCUGAGUUCUGCUCCUAUACAUCCCAAAAGACGGCAGCCCCUGCAGAAUGUUUAUAAAAAUGCCCACCCCCCUUUUAACAUUUUUGUCAUUCAUGUGCUCUCACAUAAGGACUUGUAAAAAUUCCCAAUAAGAAAACAAUAAAAGUAUAUUAUGUGCUAUUAUGGUAAAGUCCACAGCCUAAGCUGCCUCUCAAGUUCAAGUUCACAGGUCUGAAUGAU